GGGCUCGGGGUGCCGCCGGGCUCGGCGUGCGUGCUCUCGGACAGGCAACAUGGCGGCUACCGCGGCAGCCCGGGUAGCUCUUAGGCUCUUUCACCAUCGAGGGGGUUUAGCCCCGGCCUCGUCCUCCCUGGGCCGCCUGAGCCCGAGGAGCUGUUCGGGCCUGCUCGCGGCCGUCAGAAGAUACAGUUCCGAAGCCAAAGGACUGGAGGAGGAACUGCGGGUUCGAUAUUUGGACGAUGAGCAUAAAGGAAUUGUUGUACUUGGAAUAAACAGAGCACCUGCAAAAAAUGCACUUAAUAAAAAUCUUAUUAAAAUGAUAUCAAAAGUUAUGGACGCUUUGAAAACAGACAAAAAAGUACGGACAGUUAUAUUCCGAAGUGAAGUUCCUGGGGUAUUUUGUGCUGGUGCUGACCUUAAAGAAAGAGCUAAAAUGCAUGCUAAUGAAGUAAGCUCUUUUGUCUCAAAGGCAAGAUCCACUAUUAAUGAAAUGGCUAAUCUUCCAGUACCAACUAUAGCUGCAAUAGAUGGCAUUGCAUUAGGUGGUGGCCUAGAAUUGGCUCUAGCCUGUGAUAUAAGAGUGGCAGCUUCUUCUGCAAAAAUGGGUUUAGUUGAAACGAAAUUAGCGAUCAUUCCUGGUGCAGGUGGGACACAGCGACUACCUCGUACCAUUGGUGUGUCUCUGGCAAAAGAAUUAAUAUUUUCUGCUCGUGUACUUGACGGUGAAGAAGCAAAAUCAGUAGGUUUGAUCAGUCAUGUGGUUGAACAGAAUGAUGCAGGGGAUGCUGCCUACCAAAGAGCUUUAGCCCUAGCAACAGAAUUUUUACCUCAGGGACCCAUAGCAAUGAGAGUUGCAAAAUUGGCCAUAAAUCAAGGAAUGGAGGUAGAUCUGCUAACAGGUUUAGCAAUUGAAGAAGCAUGUUACGCUCAGACUAUCCCAACAAAAGACAGAAUUGAAGGUCUUCUUGCUUUUAAAGAGAAAAGACCUCCUCGCUACAAAGGAGAAUAAGGAAAAACUUCUUUUAAAAUGCAAAUGAAAUAAAAGACUCCUGGAAGGACUUUUAGCUUACUCUUUGCCUCAGAAUGUGGACUAAUGCAACCAUGGAAGUAAACGUAAAUACCUGUAGGUUGAUAUUUAUAAUGUACAUGUACUGAAGGCUUUUCUGUGAAAUUGCAAGGUCAUUGAAUUCUGCAGCACUUUAUUCCACAUCUUUGAAUUGUAUAUCUUAUCAAUUAAAUAUAUACAUUCCUAAAGAGACUAAACAAUGUAAGUGUUCUGCUGUUGGAACAAAAUAAUUCUGCACACCAGACACUGUAGAUUAUAUUGAAUAAAUUUAUCAGUAGAUCAGCAAAUGCAUUUUUAUUCCAUCUGAAUGUGUAAAUUUAUGGCGUUUCCCAAAUCGAUGAAAGAACCACUGGGAGUAUAUUUAUAUACUCUUGAAACAACUGUACAGCUUGUAUAAUUGUAAAGAGUUAUUAAGCAUAUUAAUUGUGCUAUGCUUCCAUCAUAUGAUUUUAACAAUA